AUAUGAUCUGCCGCAGCACACCAUCCUUCCUCUUUCCAUGUUCCUGGUUGCGGAUUCGUACAACCUUCCACUUCCACUUACGAUGGUGCAAUCACUUAUUGACUUAGAUAAACUAGUUGCACAUGCUCUCCAUGGAUGGGAUUUGAACCUACUUAAACGUUCUUGUUGCCAUUCAUCUCUCGCUUCCUCAAUCUCACCCCAAGCUCCCACUUCACUUUCCCACCUUUCAAUUCAUUGUACAAACCUUCAAUCCUUCCAUCCAUAUAAUUAUGGCACCUUCCAUUCUUGAAACUCUGCCUACGGCACCCCACUCUCUGACCUCACCUGCACAGAAGUCCGUAGACAGAAAGAUAUUUCCUGAUGGGAUCAAAACCAGCGGCCAGCACCCACCUAUUCUGGAUCAACUCAGACCGUACUCAGACUUUCCCAAGGAAAUCAUUGGAGAAAGUGUUUGGAAGGCCGAGGACUAUACAAACAACCCGGAACGAUGGGUCCAUGUAUUCAAUGACGAGGAAAUCGCUGAACUGAGCGCCGUUUCUGAUAAGUUUCUUGCCGAGAAGAUCCCAUUGACUGGUAUCUCCCAGGUAAUAUAUAUUUCACGAGUUGCAAUGGCCUACAGCUUAUAGUCUUAGGAUAACUUUGUCCUCCCAACCCUUUCCAAAUUACUCGCUUCCAUUCGCUCCGAGAUCCUGAACGGGAAGGGGUUUAUCUUGUUUAAAGGGUUUCCAGUUGAGAAAUGGGGCAACCAUAAAUCUGCUGUGGCAUAUAUGGGGUUGGGAACAUAUCUAGGAUACUUUGUCUCACAAAAUGGACGAGGCCAUGUUCUAGGACAUGUGAAGGAUCUUGGUGACGAUGCUACUCAAGUAUGCUUGCACUACCGUUCACUAUCUUCGAUUCAACUAACACAUGCAUAAGAUUGAUAGAGUACGUAUUUACCGCACGAAUGCUCGGUAAGACUCACAUCUCAACCCAUCUACUAGCACGAAAUGGAACUGAUAGUUUUGUUAGUCAAUUCUUCCACGCGGACGAUUCAGACAUAGUCGGUCUCCUCUGUAUUGCCCGCUCCCUCGAAGGAGGAGAAUCUGACAUCGUCUCCUCCCAUCACGUUUGGAACACUCUGCAAAAGGAACGCCCAGACGUCGCCGAACUCCUUACGAAGCCCAUCUGGUACUUCGACCGUAAAGGAGAAGUCUCCAUCGGCGAGGACCCUUACAUCAAAACCUCAGUCUUCUACCUAGAAACCGGUCCCAAUCCACGUGUAUACUCAAAAUGGGAUCCCUACUACAUCAAAUCCCUAAGUCGAUUCGUGGACGCCGGAAUCAUCCCAGCACUCUCCCCAGAACAAGUUGAAGCUACUCAAGUAUUAGAAGAUACCUGUCAUCGCUUGCGAUUGCACAUGAUUCUGGAAGUAGGAGACAUUCAAUUCCUGAGUAACGAACAUGUUCUCCAUGCUAGAACUGCAUACAAAGACCACCUCCCACCAGCCCCAAGAAGACACUUGAUGAGAUUGUGGUUGGCAACCCCAGAGGACGAGGGAGGAUGGAAAUUGCCAUUCCAUGACUCGACUGAGAAGAAGAGGGGAGGGAUCCAGGUCAAUGACAACCCACCGGUUGCUCCUUUGGACGCGGAGUAG